CGCCCGAGCGUGCUUAACUGAUUUGUCUCCCUUCCUUAUUCCGAGUUCGUGACACCCAAUUGGAUCGUCUGCUCUGGAUUUUAAUAAAACAGUGCUGCAGUAGCCUCAACAGGUCACAAGGAUGAUGACACUCACAUUGUUUCAAAUGUUUGGAUUACAUCAUUGAUACGACGAGGACUGCUGGUUCAUCAGUGACUCCGUAAUAGUGCCUAACAAUAUGGAAAAAUCGCCAGGAUUGGCUAAUUGGGCGUACGAAUUUGACGGAGGAAUUAACAACGACACGAAUGGCACCAGCACCGUCCUCAAUCUCUCGAACUUCGCUAUGGGACCAAAUAGUAUUUGGGAUCCUGAUGAAAUCAUUCGAAACUUUCAACGACAGCAACUUUACUCCUUCGACGAUCCUUUCACUAUUGUUCUAAUAAUUCUAUACAGUUUAGCGUUUCUCACUGGAUUUGUAGGAAACGUCAUGGUCAUUGUGGUCGUCAUACGUCAUCGUUCUAUGCGUACUUUAACAAACAUGUUCCUGGUGAACUUGGCUAUUGGUGAUUUUCUGGUGAUUGUGAUAUGUAUGCCAUUAACGCUGGGGAGUCUCGUGUACCAUAAUUGGGUGUACGGCGAGAGUAUGUGUAAGUUGACGCCCUUCAUUCAGGGAGUAUCAGUAGCGGUAAGCGUGCUGACGCUAUUAGCAAUCAGCCUUGAUCGAUUUCUAGCCAUUCUUAAACCGAUGAAAGCGAGAAUUAUAUUCUCAAAACGGACAAUAAAGUUCAUGCUCGUAGCAAUCUGGAUGUUAUCUAUUGCCCUUUUUGUGCCAAUGUUAUUUGUGAACAGCACCAAGAAAGAAAUAUAUCUAGGCGGGCUGUUCGAGAAGACAAUAUGCUCGGAGCAGUGGCAGGAAAUGACUUCUAAGCAGAUUUACAGUUUGUUUGUUUUUCUUGCCUUAUACAUGAUUCCAUUGUUGAUUAUGACAGUUGCGUACAUAAAAACCGGAAGCAUUUUGUGGCGCGGUGACAAGAGUUUGAAGAGAAGUGGAUCCCAGACAGGAUCCGGGCAGGAACAUGCCCAAACUAAAAUAUUACGCGGCAGACAACGCGUUGUAAAAAUGCUUAUCUCUAUUGUGAUAAUGUUUGCGUUGUCUUGGUUACCGUACCACGUCAUCAACAUAUGGACAGACAUCACCAUAAACAAUGACGAAAGCGACCAAUCGGAUCCAACGCACGUUUCAAUUUCUAAGAAAGGCUACCCAUUGGCUCAAUGGUUAGGUCUCGCAAAUUCGGCAUCCAAUCCUAUUUGUUAUUGCUUCAUGAGCAAAUCGUUUCGUGGCGCUUUUAUUAGUGUUUGUAAAUGUGACGAGGGUGCGCUUGAUUCACGUUCGUAUUCCAGUAGACGGAAGCAAAAUGGCCACAAUCCAAUGCGGUCUUGGAAGAAUAGCUGCUCUAUUUAUGCAGCAAAUAAUGAGACCCCGGGUUUACUGAGUCGAAUUAUAAACAACGUGCGCAGAAACGACAGGAAAGAUCGGAGUAAGGAAAGUUUAAAUGAAGAGGAUCCCGCAAAUGUAGAGACGAAAGAACUGGUAGACAAGAUAACAGCAAUGUAG